AUGCAUCCUGAGAGGUGGCUAUGUUGGUGUUACCCUGCUUUCUGUCUGUGGGCAUUCGUGUUCACAUCCUUGAUUAAAGAUACCACAGGCUGCGAAUCAGAGGAACGGUUAUUCCACAAACUCUUCUCCCAGUACAACCAGUUCAUCAGGCCAGUGGAAAAUGUGUCUGAUCCUGUCACAGUGUACUUUGAAGUGGCCAUUACCCAGCUGACAAAUGUGGAUGAAGUCAAUCAGAUUAUGGAAACAAAUUUGUGGCUAAGACACAUUUGGAAUGACUACAAAUUGCAAUGGGAUCCCAGAGAAUAUGAUGGCAUUGAAUUUGUUCGGGUACCAGCAGAUAAAAUUUGGAAACCAGAUAUUGUCCUAUAUAAUAAUGCUGUGGGAGAUUUUCAAGUUGAAGGCAAGACCAAAGCCCUCCUUCGCUAUGACGGAAUGAUCACCUGGACCCCACCAGCUAUUUUUAAAAGCUCCUGUCCUAUGGAUAUUACCUUUUUCCCAUUUGAUCAUCAGAACUGUUCACUGAAAUUUGGCUCAUGGACCUAUGACAAAGCCAAAAUUGAUCUUCUGAUCAUUGGAUCCAAAGUAGAUAUGAAUGACUUUUGGGAAAAUAGUGAAUGGGAAAUAGUUGAUGCUUCUGGCUACAAACAUGAUAUAAAAUAUAACUGCUGUGAAGAAAUCUACACAGACAUAACAUAUUCCUUUUAUAUUCGAAGGUUGCCAAUGUUUUACACCAUAAAUCUGAUCAUUCCCUGUCUCUUCAUCUCAUUCCUGACUGUGUUAGUUUUUUACCUGCCAUCUGACUGUGGUGAGAAAGUCACUCUUUGCAUCUCUGUGCUCCUUUCUUUGACUGUAUUUUUACUGGUGAUCACAGAAACAAUCCCAUCCACCUCUUUAGUAAUUCCCCUUGUAGGUGAAUAUUUACUCUUCACUAUGAUAUUUGUGACUCUCUCAAUUGUCAUCACAGUGUUUGUCCUGAAUAUACAUUACAGGACUCCAACCACACACACAAUGCCCAAAUGGGUAAAAACCGUCUUUCUUAGACUGCUCCCCAAAGUCCUGUUGAUGCAGAGGCCCCUAGAACAGCAGAAAAAAAACAUAUCCAGAAAAAACAAGAAAGAAUCAGCCAUUAAGCCAAGCAAAUCAAAGCACAGCAAACACAAAGACACCAAAUUACAUAAGGAACAGCGAUGCAGCCACUGUGAUAAGGCAGCUGAACUCACUACCACCAAAAGAAGACCACUGAGCCAUCAGUCACUGAAAUGGAUGGCAGAGCAUAUGGAGUACUCCCCAGAAGUGAAGGAUGUCAUUAGCAGCGUUCAGUUCAUCGCAGAGAACAUGAGGUCUCAAAAUGAAACCAAAGAGGUGGAAGAUGAUUGGAAAUACGUAGCUAUGGUGAUAGACAGAGUAUUUCUCUGGGUAUUUAUAAUCCUUUGUGUGUUUGGAACUGCAGGACUCUUUAUCCAGCCGCUAAUAGCAGAUACAUAA